AUGACAUGGCCCGAUGCCAGAAACUACUGCCAACAUUUCUUCACUGACCUCGUUGCAAGUCAGAACCACGAAGAAAGUGACCAUCUGAAUACGGUGAUACCGAGGAACCCAACGUACUACUGGAUUGGAAUAAGAAAGAUUAAUAAUGUUUGGACCUGGGUUGGAACUAACAAAACACUGGAUGAAGAGGCAGAAAACUGGGCUGCAGGUGAACCAACUCCUGGUGCUGAAGAUUGUGUAGAAAUUUAUAUAAAGAAAGCAACAGAUGCAGGGAGGUGGAAUAAUGAUCCCUGUAAAAAAAAGAAGCGUGCAAUAUGUUAUUUAGGAGCAUGCAAGCCUACUUCAUGCAGUGGACGUGGAGAAUGUGUGGAAACUAUUGGAAAUUACAAAUGUAAAUGCAAUGAAGGAUUCCAUGGUCCAGAAUGUGAAUUCGUUGAACAGUGUAUCACCCUCAAUGUUCCUGACCAAGCAACGAUGAGCUGCACCCAUCCUAAUGGAAACUUCAGCUUCAACUCUACAUGUGACUUCCACUGUGCUGCAGGGUUUACACUGCAGGGCCCACAGAGGCUCCAGUGUAAUGCAACAGGAAUGUGGACAGCGAUGACCCCCCACUGUGAAGCAGUAAAAUGUGAAAGUCUGGAAACUCCUGAGCAUGGAUUUUUGAACUGCAUGCAUCCCUUUGAGUUUGUCAGUUACAGCUCUUCAUGUAAUUCUGCUAUAAUGAGUGUUUCCUUAAUGCAAAUUCACCGUAACGCGAUUGACAAAUUUGGGACACUGCUUCUAUCGCACAAACUUCUGAAGCGUGUACUGGUUAUAACACGAUUGCAGCCUCAUUAG